CAAAACAGCAAGUUGGGCCUCAGUUUCAUAUUCACCUCCACCGCAUUCCCUUUCAUCUUCUUUCAUCCUGCGCAGAGAUCUCGAAUUAGGUUUUCAAAUUUUUUUGGUUUCCGCGAUGUCUAAAUCUACAUCACAUACUGGUUACUACGGAACGAUUCCGAUAUCAACACCAUCAACAUCAGAAUCAGGCAUGGAAUUCAUCUCAAGGGCUAAAGAAAGAGGUAGAUCAAUCUACGCAACUCGCAAACCAUGGAAAGAACUUGCAGAUCUAAAAUCUUUCGACAGAGCUAUUAAUUUCACUCGAAUCAAAAGAAAUCUGAAUUACUUUCGAGUUAAUUAUACUAUGAUCAUAUUAGGUAUACUUUUCUUGAGUCUGUUAUGGCAUCCAGUUUCGAUGAUUGUGUUCUUGGUUGUUUUUGUUGGUUGGUUGUUUCUUUACUUCUUUAGAGAUGAACCAAUGGUUGUUUAUAAUUGGAGUUUUGAUGAUCGUGUGAUACUGGUGGUGUUGAGUGUUGUGACGAUUUGUGCUCUAAUUUUGACUCAUGUGUGGUUGAAUGUUGUUGUUUCGCUUGCGAUUGGAGUAGGAUUGGUUGUGUUGCAUUCGGCUUUUAGGGUUACAGAUGAUUUGUAUCUAGAUGAUGAGCAAGAUGGUGGUUAUGGCGGUGGUGGAGGUGGAUUGUUAUCUGUUGUCGGUAGUUCAGAGAGGACAGGUUAUAGUCAUGUAUGAAGAAUGAAUUUCGUCUACAUUCAUUCAAACAGGGAAAUGGGAGUAAUUCAAUUUGUUUGAAGCAGGUUUCACUAGGUGGUGACUAGUUACAAUUCUGUAUUCUUGAUAGUUGUUUGCGUUUAUCAGUCAUGGUCCACUUUGGUCUUGCAUUUGGUUGUAAUGUGCUAUGUUUCGCGCUUAUGAACCAGUAUCUGAAGCAGGACAUUGUACUGGAAUGGCAGAGCUUCACUGAACAAAACAAUGUAUUAGAUUUAACUUUUUGUUAAUUCAAAUGGGUUCCUUUUUAUGGUUGGGUUGAGGUUGUUGGUAUCAUAAUUUGGUUUUGAUGAGUUUUUCUUUCUCUUUCAAUUUCGUUUGUAAAUUUUGUUU